AUGUCUAUUACUUUAGUCUGUUUGAUUAAGGGAAACUUACCUGAGAAUGCCUUUGCCAUCGAUAUCAAUUACAAUAGUAAUAAGUUAAUAAGCCACCUCAAAGAUGCUAUUAAGGCAAAAAAUGUGCAGACAUUUGCUAAUAUUGAUGCCAAAGACUUGAAACUGUGGAAAGUGGUAAUCCCAGCUGAUCGUGCUGACCUUAUUCAAGGACAACCUCAACUUUUACAAGAUAACAACCAGUUAAAGGCAACAGACUAUAUCGAUGAUUACUGGACUGUCACCCCAAAAAGAAGGCACAUCCAUGUAAUUGUUGAGGCCCCUACUGACCUUCUCACUGAGCAAGAAUUUUUCCGAAUAGUUCUCCCACCACCUCAAUUAUUUCCCAAUGCCACAAAGGACACAACAGAAUCAUUGACGCGAAAAGCACCUAAAAAACCUGUGCAGUUAUGGGAGACAUUUUUUACUGAAGCAUUUAAUGCAUCACUAAAUUAUGAUGCAAACGCUCUUACAUUUAAGAGCCCUGUUGCCCAAUGA